CACCUUCGCACUUCUUCUCUUCUGUCUACUCGAGGAAGGAACAGACCAAAGGACUAUCUGCAAAGCUAAUUUCAAGUCCGACGGACAGAAAUUACAGUUGGGCGACGAUCCAGGAUCCUGUCCAACAUACACAUCCCCUUAACGUCAUUUCCCCGCAGCCACCUCCGACAUGUUUUCCGUUCCUGCCAUGACUGUGUCGCGGUGAUAGCCACUUUGAAUACCAGUUGUCACAGGAUUUCCAGGGUCUGAUUUGUUUUGCUCUCUUAGUUGAUGAACCACUACCACCAGCGUCUUUGGUCCGGUGUUUCUCAAGGGGCCAGGUCGAGACCGAUGAGAACGCCCUAUCCGACCAUCGCGACACCAUAUAACCCGACUCAACCUCCGUCACCAUGAGCGUUCACUCUCUCGACUAUGCGCAGCGCGCCCCUCAAUCUGAUAUCCUCCAAGUAGUGGACCUCGAAGCCGGUCCGCAAUCGCCAAGCUCCCCCAUCUCGCCCAUGAAAAGGGAGGGGUCAGUCACAGACGCCUUCACCACCGCGGCCGCCAGGGUCAACUCCACCGAUACAGCGAGACGCCGAGCGCGACGCUCGAAUACCGCGCGAUCAUACCAUCCAGAUGGCUUUUUGAGUGAGAUCAAUUGGCAGCCAGGUACGGAACCUGGUAUCGACCCAACAAAACCUCUGCCCCCGUACAGCUCGGAAUGGGCAUCGAACGUGCCGGGCAACCUGCAGCGAGAGAGCGAGAUCACCGUGGUCGACUUUUCGCAGCAUGAAAUGCGACAAUAUGAAUUGGAUAACGAGACCCUUCCGCAAUUCCUCGCCCGGGAGCGAGAGCCAUGGGUACAAUGCCGUUGGAUCAACGUGAAUGGGUUGAGCUGGGACGUGAUUAAAUGCGUCGGCAGUCACAAGGGGCUACAUCGACUGGCGAUCGAGGACAUCGUCCACACUACCAAUCGCACGAAAGCCGAUUGGUACUCAGACCACGCUUUCGUUGCCUUGACUUUGCAGAAGCUGGUGAAGAUCCAAGAAGCCGAUAGUAGUGACUCGGAGGACGAGGGCAACGGAAACGAAUGGAGCCGCAAGGAUCGCAAAAGCUCCGUUGCCAGCGACAAGAGUUCAAUGUCGACGAGGCGAUUGACCAAGCGACAUCUCAUUCUCGAGGCCCUGAAAGAUAUUUUCCGGUCAAAAAAUCCAUCAAAGCUGCAUAAAGAGAAAGCAACGGUUGGGGCCAGCGUUCGUCCUGGUCCGCGACGAUCAGAUUCGAAGCGGGCGUCUCAAUUUGGAAAUGUUGCUCCUGCACGGGCGGCAACAGCCAGGACUCUCCAGCGAUUUCGCGGUGGCCCGAAUGAGGAUCGAAUCGAUUUUAUGGAACGACAUGCUGUGCUAGCUUCCAAGGGUCUAUGUGUUACAUUGGAACAAGUUUCGGUCUUUCUGCACGCCGACAACACCGUCACAUCAUUCUUCGAAACAAGUGCAGACGAUAUCGAAGCUCCUAUUGUCCGACGACUUAGCUCGCCGGAGACGAUUCUCCGACAAUCAUGCGAUGCCAGUAUGCUUCUGCAGGCUAUUCUCGAUGCUGUCAUUGAUCUUGCUAUACCAGUUACCAUGGCGUAUCAAGAUGCAAUCGGAGACCUCGAACUUGAAGUCCUAACCGAUCCGGAUAUUGACCAAUCAAAAAGUCUCUAUAUCCUUACAUCUGAAAUCGCGGUGCUGCGCAAUUCGAUGCAACCAAUGGUAGCCGUGAUCAAUGCACUCCGUGAUCAUCGAUCCGAACCAAUUGGUACCCCAGGCUUUGGCGCUCUGCGAAAAGGGAUGUUCAGCCCAACUUCUACACCCGGCGAAUUUGACCUCCAACCACCUCCUGCCACGAUCGGUACCAUCACCCCUAACCUGAAAAGCUUUGGAGGAUCGACUGUUACGAUUAGCUCAAUGUGUCAUACCUAUUUGGGGGAUGUUCUCGAUCAUUGUAUCACGAUUGUGGAGGGAUAUGAUCAAAUGCGCCGUGCAGCUGAUAACAUGAUUGACUUGAUUUUCAACACGAUCGGAGCCUAUCAGAAUGAGAGCAUGAAACAACUGACCAUUGUUACUUGCCUCUAUCUACCAAUGACCUUUUUGACGGGUUACUUCGGAAUGAACUUUACAGACUUUGCAGGAAUCGAGCAUAGUGACUCAUACUUUUGGAAGAUCGCUGUCCCCUUUGUCUUUGUCACAACUCUUUUGCUCAUGCGUGACAAAAUUCAACGUUAUGCCGUCAUGCUCGCGCAGAGACGACUCAUUGUUAGCUCUCGGAAGCAGAGACGGGAGAGGAAGAAGAGGUGAUUUGCACCUGGGCAUUGCUUUGUCCUUUGCUAUGACUUUGUCAUGUGUCCCGGGCGGGGGGAAACAGAGAGACCCUUUUGGUCUUUUGUACAAUUGUUGUUGGCACCAGCCAUCCUUGGGGCUUGUAUCUAUUAGCACAUGUAAUAUACACGAUU